AUGAAACUUUCAAGCUUGUCAACAGACGCGCAAAUCGAUGUCUUCUCGUUUUUGGACUUGGAUUCGUUGCGACGGAUGAUGGCCACCGAUCGAAGCUUUCGUUGUCUUUUGCUCUCCGAUACAGCCUAUCAGAUGUGGCUCUAUCAAUUUGAGCUUCGCUGGGGAAAACUGCCACAAGAUAUGCAUACGGACCCUGUCCUGAAGAACGAUGUUCCACUCCCCGGUAGCAUUUCUGCCUCAGAAUCAUUCCCAUCUCCGGUUGGACGUCUGGGCAAAACCAACCUUCCUCUACUUCUCUCCACGACACCGGAAGAAAUCCCCCAACGCUUGAUCCAAUAUUUCUAUCACCCUGGGGCGACUUUUGACGUAUCCACGAAACAAACCCCCCGCUUGGAAUAUUCUUUUAAUGUGACUGGCUAUGUUUAUUCCAUCAGGGCCAACCUUCCCCUACCAAAACCAAAAUGUCAAAUAUCAGAAAUUGAAACUGUAACUGAAACCACAUUAAUGGAUGAUGGCGAAGAAGUGGCGACUCUGGAGAACGAGCUAAUUUACGAAUGGAGACCUUUCGUAAGUCCCUACAGGUAUCAAGCCGGACCCAAGAGCACUAUCAACGUGUCACCUCGCCUCGUAUCCUAUUUUGAAAUUGCAAUCGGGACACGCCAAUGGGACUGCCCUCCACCACUUUUCAGAGACGACUGUGUUUGCAUUGGCUUGACUACGAGCCCGUCUCGCUGGGUUUCUAAAUUGCCGGGAUGGGACAAGCUCAGUUUUGGAUACCAUGGCGACAAUGGUGGCUUGUAUCAUGGUUCUGGACGGAACAUUGGCCUAGUGAGCACCUUUGGACCUGGUGAUACAGUGGGGAUGGGAAUUGACUAUGUCCAUCGCUAUAUCUUUGUCACGAAAAACGGUCAAUUUGUCACUGCUGCGUUUCGGGACUUGAGUAUCGAUAUGCUUGCCAACAUCCAUUUCUUCCCUAUCGUGGGUUUGUAUACUAGUCAUGUUGUGGAAGUCAACUACAUGGGUAUGGCCCAGCCCUUUUGCUUUGACUUGGCAGCAUAUUGCAAUCGUGAUCAAGAGCAGGUGACUCUUGCCAUUGAAAAAUGUAUGGAACAGGACGCUUCAGCUCUGCGAGUUGGCCAUUCUAUUUCAGUGUGA